AAUCAGAAGAGACGUAUUCACUUUUCAAAACCUGCCCGCCAUCUUGCAGGCAAUACGCGUUGGGCAGAUAAACGUUUGUUUACUGAAUAUAAAUAUUACGAAUAUUUUUUUGUCUGGAUAUAGUGUUUUUGAUUUCCGUAACCCAUCUUAAUAUAAAGGAUGGAUUCUCGCUUUGCUCACCUGUACAAGCGGGACAGCAGUGUGUCUAUGAUCCGGCUGAAGAUGUCCAGACGCAGGUCUCAAUCUCAGAAGGAGAACCGAGAAAAGAUCCAGAACCUGCGCAGACACCUGGACCAGCUGCCAGAGAUUGAGCUCUCAAUGGAUUUGUCCAGCCUUAUGGCCACCCAAGACAAAGCACCAAAAACAAAGACAAAUAAUGAUGUAAAUGCUGCUGCUGCUGAGGAGAGAAAGAAGAUGCUCGCUCGUUACAAAGAAAACAAGAUGUUGCAGAAGGAGAAGGAAAAGCGGGAGAAAGAGAAGAAAGGCGUGUUUAAGGUCAGCCUGUAUAAGCCACAGCCGCUCGGGUAUCUGCCUUCAAACACUGCUGCACCAAGCAGAGGCAAGAUCACAGAAACUAUCCAGUCCACACGAGUGACCCGCUCAAUGAUGCAGAACCAAAAGCCAGCAGUAGACAGACAUACUGUUCCAAAGAAAGUUGACAAAGUAUUGACCAUCAGAGCUCCAGCCAAGACUAACUUGAAAGCUGUGACUACCAUCAAAACCAGAGCAGCUGCAGUUGAACCAUCUGUAAGAGCUCCAACCACACGAUCAGCUGCUAAAACAUCAGCAGCCGUGGCUAAACCAGUUACCGAUUCAAGCGCUGCAAAAACGAGAUCAACUGUUAAAUAUCCUGUAGCGCCCCCUUCAGGCAGAGGGAAAGCCUUACAAGGCAACACAAAGGCAAUUAUUGAAAAUAAGCCUGCUGAGAAAAAGAACACUGCAGUAGAUUCUCUGAGACCUGAGGAAGAGGAAACCAAAGCUGCUGCCCCCUCAUUUGCCCCUCAGGGUUUUGUGUUCCAGCCUCCUGUUGGUCUAAGGUCCUUCGAGCCUGCACCCCUCUCUCCUCGUUCAGCUAGCGCCUUCCUCUCACCGAGUUUUCUUUCUGAUGCCAGCGUGGAGCCCACCUUCCCCUCUCCCCCAAAACCUGUUCUCCCUGCUACUUCCCUCUCCUCCCCUCCACCAGAUCAUCCUGCCAUCCCUCCCUCAGUGUCUUCUCCCCCUCCUGCCCCCUCCUCCCCUCAGCCGUCCAUCUCUACAGCACCAUCACCUCCCUUGCCCCCCUUGGAGCCUCAGCAUGAUGUUGCUUAUUUCAGAGCGGUGAUGGCCAGCGAGACGGAGCGCUUGACUGGACUCUCUGAGCUGUGGGAGUCAAGAUUUGAUGAUACUUCUGUCCCGGAGGAGAUGCGAGACCACAUGCGUACGGCUGUGGGCCAGGCCAGAUUGUUGAUGAAAGAGCGCUUUGGCCAGUUCAACGGACUGGUGGAUGACUGCGACUUGGGCCGUGGAGAGAAAAUAACAACCUGUACUGACUUGCAGGGCUUCUGGGACAUGGUGUACUAUCAGGUGGAAGAUGUUUACAAGAAGUUUAAUGCCUUGAAAGAGGCUGAAGCAAGGGAGUGGAAAGAGGAAGUCAGGCCUGUCGCCAGAAAAAAAGUGGCCAAAAAGCCUCCUGUCGUAGGAGGGAAGGCUGGAGUAGGGGCCAGUGCCGCAGCUAAGAGUCGGUUGGCUGCUGUAAAGGCCGCCAUGAAAGCCAAGCAGGCCGAACAAAAAGCCACUGAGUCUUCAGACAACAUCCAGGACGACUCGAGCUCUGUCCCUUCAGCCGCUGCUGCCGCACUGCCUGCACAGACCGUGGUGUUUAAUGGAGGCUUUUUCCAGGUGGAAAGUCCAGUCAAGCCAUCAGGUGCUCUUAGAAGGUCGUGUCGAAUCACUGCGGUGUCUUCACCCUGUGUUUCUAAGUUCAGCACUCCAGGCAGGCAGUGCAGAUCUACUGCAGUUUCUCAUGCCUCCCCUCUUCCUUGUGUGUCUGCCACACCUCCUCGAAACCACCAGCCUGAUGUAUUGCCUGUUUCCACUCCGCUACGUUCUGCUGAGCCCCUCCCACAGUCACCCAGAGCUCCUCAGAUCAGUCCUGACCACAAGCAAACCACACAUGUUUCGGCAGACACCGAGUCCUGCUCCAACAGCCAAUUACAUUUUGAUUUAAGCUCCACCUGUAUUCAACCAGAUAUCAUUAAUGGACCAGAAAACAGUCCAAUAGCCCAGUCACACGACUCACCAAGCCAGUCUGAGCUUCCUUUUGAUUCCUCAGAACCUCAGCAUGAGGAGUGCAUUCCAGUGUCUAUGCUCAGUCCUUCUUCCCAUGAGGAAUCACAAGAGAACAUCUCUUGUGAAGUCUCUGAAGUAAGUUUGCAUGUCCAACCUGGAGCAGAUGCUGGUCUAGAUGCUCAGUGCUCAUCUGACACCUGUUCAGAACCAGUGGAAGCAGAAACCAGUGUCUGUGCACCUGCUUCCUCUACCCUGAUGCCCUCCACACCACCCAAAGAUCUCACUGUUUCUACAGCUUUCUGUAAUGAGGUCAUCAUUACAGCCAAUAAUAGAUCUCCAACCAGUACAGAUGUUGAAAUGACUGGAAAUGAAGAUGCUGAGGGUGCUUCUGGUUUGGACAUUGAGCGUUACCUGCAGCCAACAGUGAGAUACAGCAUGUCUCCUGCACAGAGUCCUGCAGCAGAGAGAUUCUGUCUGGAAGCGGUGGAUGCUGAGAUGGAGAGUCCGGAGCGCCCGCUUGAUGUCUUGGUAACACCUACAGCUCUUCCCGGAAUGGUGUUCUCACCCCAGACCAGUCAGAUGUCGGGCAAUCUGCUGCUGUUCACCCCAGAACGGAAGGAGAGAGUGAGACAGUCAGUGUGUGGACGUGACCUGAUCACAUUCACACCUCCCACGUACAAAUAAAAGCACAUCCACUCACCAUUUGGAUGUGGAUCUUUAUCAUUUUGGUUUGUGCUUGAAUUAGACACCUUUUGAUGUAUUUGUUGUUGUUUUGGUAUAAUUAGUCUCCUUUUAUACUAAAUUUGUUUGCUACUUUUUGUACUUCAUAAUGAGCAAUUCAUUUAGAUACAGCAAUAAUAUUUCUAUGCAGUUUUGACCUCUGAAAAUAUAUAUUUUUAAGGCUUUUAAUAUGUACAAAAUUGUUGUGAAAGCCAAUUAAAUCAUAAGAAAACACAA